CUCUCUCUCUCUCUCUCUCUCUCUCUCUCUCCUCCUUGUCUUCUUCCAUGAAAACCCAUUUUAAUAAAAGCUCCAAAUCUUGUUUAAUGUGAUGAAGUUUAUGUGAAUCUCAAUAUGGAAUGCAUGCAGUACAAUUGUAGUUGAAAUUUUCAGAUUUUUUGUGGGUGGUUCAAAAAAAGGUGUGGUUCUUUUUUUUUUUAUUUUUUUUUAUUUUUCCCUUCUCAAUGCUUCAAGCAUGUUUACAUGCUAUGAUUGUUUUAUGUCGAAUAUACUGGUUGUUUUCUCUAAAUAGAAAGCAAAUUGCAGAAAAAGAAAGUUCUGUACCAAAACUAGAAAGUAGUAUACAUAGAGGCUAAUGGUAUAUUCAGAUUCUUCUUUUCAGUUUUCAUGGUGGAAAAGCAAAGAAAAAGGUAAUUAAUGCAUGGUGAUAUGCUGUCUAGGCAAAUAGAAAAUGGAGAAAAGUAUUUACAUUGAGUGAGAGGUUGUGAUUUCCGAAACUUUCUUUAAAGCCUAGCAAGUUAAAACAAGUAGAGAAGGAUUGUAAGGUGAAGGAUGCCAACAGUGUGGUUCUCCUUAAAGAAAUCUCUACACUGCAAAUCAGAGCCAUCAGAAGUUCAUGACCCAAAAUCAAGGAAGCAAUUGAGCACAAUCUUGACAAAAAAAGCAAGCAGGUCUGGGUGUUCAAGGUCCAUAGCCAAUCUCAAAGAUGUAAUCCAUGGAAGCAAAAGACACACGGAGAAGCCACCAAGUUGCAGCCCAAGAUCCAUAGGGAGCAGCGAGUUUCUUAACCCAAUAACCCAUGAAGUUAUCUUGAGUAACUCAAGGUGUGAGCUUAAAAUCACUGGUUUUGGUGGGUUCCAAGAAGGGAUUGGUAAUGGUGCUAAUAAUGCUAAUAACGGUGCUGGUGGUGGUGGUGGUUCAACUUUUGUGGGUACCUUAAGGCCAGGUACACCUGGGCCGGGAGGGCACCCAACAAUGCACCAUUUCAAUCCUUCAUUUAGGAGCUCGGCUACUCCUCCAAGAAAGUCUCCAUUUCUUUUAUCAGAGAGGGAAGGGUCUGCUAUUUUCGGUGGUGGUGGGCAUUCAAGCACUAGGGUCUCCCUGGAGACAGAUUCUAAUGGGUCUUCUACAAUCACCUGCCAUAAAUGUGGAGAGCAAUUUACCAAAUGGGAAGCUGCUGAAAAUCACCAUCUCUCCAAACAUGCUGUCACUGAACUUGUGGAAGGGGAUUCAUCAAGAAAAAUUGUUGAAAUCAUAUGCCGGACAAGUUGGUUAAAGAGCGAAAAUCAUUGUGGUCGGAUUGAGAGAGUGUUGAAAGUUCACAAUAUGCAAAAGACUAUAGCUCGGUUUGAAGAAUACAGGGAGAUGGUGAAAAUUAAGGCCAACAAACUCCCCAAGAAACACCCUCGGUGUAUUGCUGAUGGGAAUGAACUUCUGAGAUUCUAUGGUACCACUGUUGCAUGUUCUCUUGGCCUAAAUGGGUGCUCAAGUUUAUGUUUAUCUCAGAAAUGCUGCGUUUGUGGAAUUAUUCGAAAUGGGUUCUCUGCCAAGAAGGAGCUUAAAGGUGGAAUAGGUGUAUUCACAACUUCUGCUAGUGGCAGAGCUUUUGAGUCUAUUGAAAUAUUUGAACAAGACCCAUCUAUAAGGAAAGCUUUGAUAGUAUGCAGAGUAAUAGCUGGGAGAGUUCAUAGGCCUUUGGAUAAUAUAAAAGAAAUAUAUGGCCAAACAGGGUUUGAUUCAUUAGCAGGGAAAGUUGGUCUCUACUCAAAUAUUGAGGAGUUGUAUCUUCUAAAUCCCAGAGCUCUCCUUCCUUGCUUUGUGGUAAUCUGCAAACCCUGACCUGAAGACAGUAAAAGAAACAAAAAUAUAUGUUAUGAAGUCACAUGAAUCCCUUUUUUAAUCUUUUGAUGACAGAAGAUUCUUUUCAAUCUUCUAUUCGGUAGAAUUUUGAUUUUUCUUACAAUCCUUCUGCCACUUGUUAGUAUAUCAAUUUGUUUUUGCAAUUUUUUUCCUUUUUUAGUGUGGUUGUAUCUGCCCCUUAUUACAUUUGCGUAGUUCUGUAAUUUCUUCCUUUUCAUUCAAGGCCUUUUUGUUUUAAUGAAAACUCUUUUACAAUGGUCA